CACAGCAUAGUAAGCGCAAGCACCGGGUCCAUACUCCAGAAGUGAGGUGUCUAUUUCUGCCGUAGUUGGUAUCGAACCAAGCAGAAAGUUCAAAACUGGUAACAUAUGAUUGCAAAAUUGUGAUUAGAAUGAAUGGAACAGCAUAUUCAAACUUUGACAAUCAAGAACACGUCCUCAAACUAGGCGAAACCUUUGAGAAACAACCUAAAAGUGCAUUCCACACGGUACGAUAUGAUUUCAAACCAGCCUCCAUAGACACAGCAUGUGAGGGGGAGCUGGAAGUGGGCAAAGGAGAGCAAGUUACAGUCACACUACCGAACUUAGAGGGAUCCACGACACCUGUUACCGUAUUUAAAGGUUCCAAAAGGCCUUAUAUGAAAGAAUGUGUUCUCAUCGUUAACCAUGACACAGGAGAGUAUCGUCUGGAGAAACUCAGCAGCAACAUUGCAGUCAAGAAGACCAGGGCUGAGGGAAGCAGUAAGAUUCAGUCACGGCUGGAGCAACAAACCAGCAGGCUGAGUCAGCAGAUGAAGACCGGCAGUGGAAACAAGCCUCCAGCCAGCACCAAGAGCUCUCCUCCCAAGGAGAAAAUGUCUCCAUCAUCUCCCAUGGAUGAUAUUGAGCGAGAGCUGAUGGCUGAGGCGCGUGUCAUGGAUCAGAUGAGCAGUGGAGACAGCUCCUCAGAUUCCCACAGUUCCUCCUCCUCCAGUAGCGGGGACAGCUCCAGCAGCAGUGACUCAGAGGAUGAGGAUCGCCCCCCGCACAAUGUGGCCCCAGCUCCCCCUCAGAGCACCUCUCAAAGCCGUGUGGAGGAAAGCAGCGAGCAUUUCAUAAACACACUGAAAAAUGAUCUCCAGUUGAGUGAGUCUGGCAGUGAAAGUGACGACGACUAACCGUAAAGAUGUGUGGGACACCUGAUGCUGAAAGAGGGUCAGGUGCUCAGGAAGUACAUUUACUAGUUAAAACUUUGUGAUACCUGAAUCCAAAUCCCUGUCAACUUCUCAGUUAUGAAUUUUUUUCUUUCCCCCAGUUUCUUAGUAAUACUUGCAUCAGCACAAGCUGUGCCAAUGGACACAUACAGUAGCUGGGGGGUUUGCUGUAUGAGUAAAUGAAGAAAAAGUAUUUAUUUUGUUGAGAAUACUACUGCAUAGAUGUUACUUUUAUAGGAAUGUCCUAUAGUUACUUUUCCAGAGGUUAUAGAAUUAUAUCUGUUUGUGAAAAAUCUGUUUAGAAAGAUCACAUGGUCGUCUUUUCUUCUCUAUAUUUUCUGAGGCUUAACAUACUCAAGCACAAAUGAUUUAGCAGCAUUUUAUAAGGAGUCUUAAGGAGCACCAGUGCAUUAAGAUGCCAAGCUCAAUCUCAGAUAUUUACACAUCAACCGACCUGCAAUACUUGAAUUUGUCUCUUUUGCUGAUUCAGAGACAUUUGUUAAUAACAAACUGUGCCUUGUAUAUAAGGUGUAUUUUGACUAUCCAUCCCAUUCUCUUACAUUGAAGUAGACCCAAUUUUUUUUUUUUUAUUCCUGCUUGGGUUCCCUAAAAUAUGAUCUCUAUUUAGAGGUUGAAGUCUCUGUGUUGUGUAUGUCUUACUGUACGCCUCUGGAAGGCCCAAAAGCAACACUCUUAACUCUUAAAGGAUGUCCUUAGCCAGCCCUUCUUGAGCAAUAAUUGCAAAAUAUGACGUGCCAUUAUUAUAGCAGGGUUGACUGAUGUGGUUAAAUGUAGUUCUGUGGGAGGUAAAUCAUUAAAAUUGCGUGUAGACUAAUAAAGAUUUGUUUUGUGAUGUUUA